AUGCCUAUAAUCAAUGAUCCAUUGUCGUUCAAGAUAGCCCUUCUACCGGGCGAUGCACAGGGAUCGCAACUUGCCUCAUAUGUGGAACGUACCCUGAACUUGAUACAACACAUCCGCCCAGAUGUUGCAAUUCAAAUAUCCAAGCACGACUUUGGGGGCGUGGCUCUAGAAGCUGGCAACCAAAGUGCUCUGCCCGCGUCAACAUUAGAUGCCUGCCUGCACGUCGAUGCCACUAUUGUAUGCGCUUGCGGUGACCCCAAGUACGGCAUCAAGCCAGAGCAGGGUCUACUAGCACUUCGACAAGAACUUGGAGCGUGCGCCAACAUCCGGCCUGUCAAUUUCCCCUCAGCCCGACUGGCCCAACAAAGUUCUUACAGGCCUGAACUCGUUGAAAAGCUUGACAUCACAUUCUUUCGCGACCUCACAGGUGGAGUUUACUAUGGACCUAGACAAGAGGCGGGUGAUGAUGAUACCGCAUACGACACUACACACUAUUCUCGCCAGACUAUCGAAAAUUUGGCAAGAUUGGCGGGCACUUAUGCGAUGAAAUUUACUCCACCAAAACCGGUUCACUCCAUCGACAAAGCUAAUGUUAUGGCUACCUCACGGCUAUGGAGAUCGGUCGUCACGGACGUCUUCAAGAACGAGUUUCCUCAGGUCAAGGUAAACCAUGUCUUGGUGGACACUGCGUCCAUGAUCCUUGCAGCAGACCCACUCAGUUUGAACGGCAUCAUGUUUGCUGAGAACAUGUUUGGCGAUAUCUUAUCUGAUCAAGCGGGAGGAAUACUCAAGUCCCCAGAUAUCCUAGCAUCUGCGGCAGUGUCCACUAUUUACCGGAAGGGUUCACCAAUAUCGCCCGGAGUUUUUGAACCGUUCAACCUCAAACCUCAAGAGAAACUUACGAAUCCUCUUGGUGUGAUACAAGCUGUUGGGUUAAUGCUUGAGUUGUCGCUAGGCCUGGAAGCCGAAGCCAAGGCUCUAACCAAAGCUAUCCGCCGAACGCUGGAUCCUAUCGAGCAAGUCGGAUCAAAUACAAGAACGACGGACAUCGGUGGGACGUCCACUGCUGACGAUUUUAUGGAUACCUUACUACACAACUUUGAUUACUAUCUCGAGGCUUUGAAUUCGGCCGACUCUGCAGGCUCGCCAACCCCAAAUCUAUUACCACUCACGUUCAAUGCGACAACAGAAGUACGACCCAUGGGUGUCAUUGAGAAAAUCCUCACCCAUGCUGGUAUCGGCCUCAAUAAGCCUCACGUCGAAACUGGAGAUAUGAUAUGCGUCAAGGUUGACUGGACACUUACCUCUGAGCUUCUAUGGGGUGGCAUGGAGAAGACAUACGAUCAGAUGGGAAGGCCUCGGCCAUUCCGCAAUGAUAGGUUAUGGCUUGCCGUGGAUCAUAUUGUAGACCCUCGUACGAACCACCAGGCAAGACAGAAAGGCCUUAUCGCCAAGGCAGAGCGAUUCCGUCGGGAAGCCAAAAUCAUUGACUUUCUUCCGGCCAACACCAGUAUCAUGCACACGGACUUUACCCGUGAGAGAGCCCAGCCUGGACGCAUUGUCGUCGGUAGUGAUUCGCAUACUUGCUCAGCUGGUAGCAUGGGAUCAUUCGCCGUUGGGUUUGGCGCUGCUGACGUUGUCAUGCCUAUGGUCACUGGUGAAACUUGGUUCCGUGUCCCUGAAGUUUGCAGGAUCAACUUUGUUGGAAAGCUGCCUUUUGGCGUUGGUGGAAAGGAUGUUAUUCUACACAUCCUGGGUCUCUUCAAGCGUAACACUAUUGCGUUUCAGCGCGCUGUUGAGUAUGGUGGGCCUGGUCUAAAGGAGCUAUCUAUGGAUGCUCGAUUUGCCAUCGCCAAUAUGACGACCGAGUUCGGUGGUAUGGGCACCUGCUUCGAGGCUGAUGAAGAGACAGCAGCUUGGAUUGCACGACGGCAACUUCCAGAGCAUCGAGAUGGUGGUCUUUAUUUCCGUGCUGACCCCGGUGCUAAGUAUAUUGACGAAAGGACCAUUGAUCUCUCUGAGGUUAACCUGACUAUGGCGCUUUAUCCUAACCCCGAUGAUGUGGUUCCCAUCCAGGAAAAAGCCAGCAUGAAGUUGGACGGAUGUUUCAUCGGUGCUUGCACAACCACUGAGGAGGACUUGAUCGUUGGUGCUCUGGUCCUUGAAGCUGGACUUUAUGCAGGCUUGCGGCCAACUCCUCAUGGCAAGCGCCGCGUUACUCCCGGAAGUCUCAUCAUCAUCAAACGUCUAGAUGAGCAAGGCCUUCUUGACGUCUAUAGACAGGCUGGUUUCGAGGUCGGGGCACCUGGCUGUUCUUAUUGCGUUGGUAUCAACGAUGUCGAUGUGGCUGGUGAGGGAGAAGUCUGGCUCUCCUCUCAGAACCGAAACUUCCGAAAUCGAAUGGGCAAAGGAAGUUUUGGAAACAUUACUUGUGCAGCCGCUGUUGCAGCGUCCAGUUUUCACAUGGCUGUUACAGAUCCUAAGUUCUUACUAGACCAGUUGGAUAGUGCCAAAUUAGAGAGACUUGUUAGUGGUAGUCGAUCUAGUGGUCCACAACCAGCUUUGCACAUCAUCGAGCCCAGUCCGGAAGUCUCGUCCAACUCGGUGCCAAAUAUUCUCAACAGUUCAGAGCCUGGUUCACCUGAGAUGUCAGCAAGCUCGAGAGUCAUUCGUUCAAAGGUUCAAAGAUUUGGGGAGAAUGUUGAUACUGAUGCUGUUAUUCCUGCUGAAUUCAUGCCUGGUGUCGACAAUGCCGAUCUAGGAAGUCAUUGCUUUCAAUACUUCCGUCCAGAGUUUCGAGAAAAGGCCAACAAUGGAUCACGGAUUAUUGUGGCAGAGCACGGCUUCGGAAGCGGCUCGUCUCGAGAAGAUGCUGUUCGAGCCUUGCAGGGAGCUGGUGUAGAGGCAGUCAUUGCAAAAGGUUUCGCCUUCAUCUAUGAACGAAAUCAGUUGAACAUGGGCCUGUUCAAUAUCAAACUCCAGGAUCCGAAAUUUUACGAACUGGUGCAGGAGGACUCGGUUAUUACAAUCAACAAAAACAACAAAAUUAUUGAGAUCGAAGGACACCGUGAGAUCUUUCCUUAUCAACAGUCAGAGAUCGAAGAGACCCUCAUUGAGUCCGGUGGCGUGUUGCCGCUGUAUAGCAGAUUCGGACGUAAAGUAUUCCAGCAUAUCACGUUGCCCAAGGUCAAAACCUCAUCACAACCUUCUACUAGUAUCCCACUUUCGUCUAUAUAA